AUGGUUACGGAAAACUUGACCCAAGUUCCAGGACGAGCUAUCUUCAGAAUUACCGGGAAUGGAAAAGGUCGUAACUGCUUACCCAGUUCACCUGAUCCUCUCUCCUUAUCUAAUCCACCAAAACAGUAUCGUCGCUUGUUCGUACCAGAAACAGCUGGAGGACGAGCUUACCGAAGGAACGGAGAUGUCGGGAUACGAUGA